GGGGAAAAACAGCUUUUGAUUUGUUAGAUUUCCGAAGUAAUUCCUGGUAAACUUUUUUUUUUAAAUUGAGCGUCAUCUCAAUUGUCAAGAAAUCAUAAACUAAAACGCAAAUGUAUAAAAAUUAGAAAGGGGAAAUAAAAAGUCGUAUUUCCCUUGUUCGUCCUGGGAUCGGUGUUAGUAUCGAGAUGAUUGAGUGCCGCGAGGAGGGGAGAACGGAAUCGAUUCCAAGACCGGCUUCGCCCUUGACAAAGCCCAUCUGCGAGUGCGAAACGUGAGUGCGCCACCCAAUUCAGUCGGCUGUGAGAUUGUCAUGUGUGAGGUGCUCGUCGGGUGAAGGUUCAAUUACUUUUUAUUUUUUUUUAUUUUUUAAAAAAGAAAUUCACAGAAAUAAAAAAUAAAACUAAGGCGGAUUCCCGGUCGAUCUCUCCCCCAAACCCCCGUCAAUCGUUCGAGGCAGAUAACAAUUUAGAUAAUAUAUAAUUAACAAAAAGAAAGAAAGAAAAUGGCAAAUCUAAGACAAACCCCGUUGACCUGUAGUGGACACACCCGACCAGUCGUUCAUCUUGCGUUUAGUGAUAUUACAGAAAGCUCAUACUUGCUGAUUUCGGCGAGCAAAGAUGGGAAACCCAUGUUGCGGCAGGGCGACACAGGAGAUUGGAUUGGAACGUUCGAGGGGCACAAAGGAGCCGUCUGGGGGGUCGCGAUCAACAAGGAAGCGACGAAGGCGGCCUCAGGAGCAGCGGACUUCAACGCGAAGAUUUGGGACGCUUUAACAGGUGGCGAGCUCCUUUCCAUACCUCAUAAACAUAUAGUCAAAAGCGUACAUUUUUCGACCGACAGCACUCACUUAGCAACUGGAAGCAAUGAAAAACUUUUGAGGAUAUGGGACCUUAACAAACCGUUCACAGCUGUACAGGAGUUUGCCGGACAUACUGGUGGAAUUAGGCAGAUGUAUUAUUUCCGAAAUGACACAAGACUUGUUUCUUGCUCAGAUGAUAAGACUGUACGAGUGUGGGACGUUUCCUCAGGCAAGGAAGUGGAAAAACUCGAAUUCCAGUCUGUGCCAAACAGUAUUGAAGUAUCUCCAGAUGGCCAGGUUAUAACUGUAGUUUCCGGCUAUAACGUCAGCUUCUGGGAUUCUGAAAGUCUCACAAAAAUAAACGAAUUUACCGUCCCGACUCCGGUCAAUUCUGCAUCUUUGCAUAUGGACAAAACCAUUUUUGUUUGUGGAGGUGACGAUUUCAAAAUGUAUAAAAUGGAUUAUAAAACAGGACAAGAAAUAGAAUCUUUCAAAGGCCACUUUGGACCGGUGCAUUGUGUAAGAUUCUCCCCUGACGGUGAGCUUUAUGCAUCUGGCUCUGAGGACGGAACUCUCAGGCUUUGGCAAACGACUGUCGGGAAGACAUACGGGCUGUGGAAAUGUAUCGAAAGCACCAACAACACGACAACGAACAACAGUGAUCAGCAGAACAACAUACAACAGAGUACACUUCAGGAAGUCGUUGCAAACUGAAUUAUUUACCGUUUUGAAACCACCUUGUUGGAGUUAUGUAUUUUCUGUUCAAUGGCAUUCUACCACUCACUAUUUCUUCCUAUCCUAUCUCCACUAUCGUUCUCUGUAAUUCUCCUCUCCCCCUCCCUUCCCCUCAUAGUUCUUUCCUUUAUUGUUAAACCCAUUUGGCUGGAUUCUUUGAUUUAGCGAAAAACGGGCCGAGUUGUCCUCCCCUGAUCAUGCAUUUAUUGUAUAAGAGCUGAUUAUAUCAUCUGUACGCAAAU